UCCUUUCCUGUGUUUGUGGUUGUGGAAGCCCCCCUUCGAGGGGCCUGAAGUUUGAAGAGCAGCCGCGGGUGGCUGGUCUAACGCAGUCUCUUUGAUUCCUGCACAAAUGUAAAUGAACGUUCCCACUGUAACUUGUACGUUUGGCGUGAGGCUUGGGGAGUCUGGGGAGCUUUACAAUUAAAGUGAAGGAAGCUGAAAGGCAGUGGAGCUGUUCGGGGGUUGAGUCCAACCCCCCCUCAGGUUAAUGAUAUUUCCAGCCUGCAGCCCUGCGUUCAGAACGGGAAGAGGUUUUUGCGGUAACACGAGGGGACACGAAAUCUAGGAGGCUUUCUCUGUCACAGGCGGCGUCAGCUGGACUUUUUGCAACUUAAGACCAGAAAUGGUUGGUAGCUUGGACUUGCCAAAUGUAAUAGACGGAGAUCCUCUGGAUAUGAGCUGCACCAGGACUGAUAGAGGACUCGAUAGCCCGGACUCUGGUCUACCCCCGAGUCCGAGCCCAAGCGCCUGGUUGCAGCCCGUGGGUGCAGAGAAAGCCGGUGGUGUGAACCUGGUGUCUGAGGAAGAAGGAAGGGCCUCUCUGAUCUCAGCUUCAACAAGUGGAAAUCUCCCACAACUGCAGCCUCUAUCCUUUGGAGAAGGCAUAGCCCUUGAUUUGCUACCAUCAAAAGAACUGAGAUACACGUCAUUCGUGAACUAUGACUCAGAACGUCACUUCAUCCAAAAUGUGGCCCUCCAGCCGAGGGGCCAGGGCCUCCAACACUGCCAGCAGACAAUUGUGGCUUUACCGCACAGUACGUGGCGUCACUACAAGACCCAGCUGGACUUCCAGCCCCGCCAUCGACCCAACCGCUACAGGAGCACCACGAUCAUCUACCCCAAGACAACUAGCACAGUCUACAUAACGGAGCUGAACUACGACUCCCAUCGACUGUCCAGGCGCUUCUUGUCCAGCGUGGAGCUGGAGGUGGCUGGGAGCAGGAGGCUACUUCAGUGAAGGAGGAGGAGAUUAGAGGGCCAUCCUGUCCUGAUGUGCCCACUUAAGUUGCACUGAAAGUCAGUUCAAGCUCACUUUUUUUUUUUUUUUGCUUCUCAUCUCAAACAGAAACAUCUAUAGACUUGGUAAUCGUUUCUCUGGCCUAUUUUUUUGUUUAUAGCCCACCUGAGUGGUAGUUUCUGGGCUGGAGGUCAUCAUCAAGACCUCCUCCUCUUUGGGCUUUUUAAAAUGCAUCACUGAAACCUGAACAUCUACCGAAUGCUGUUAUUGUUGUAGUCUUUUAUCAGAUGUUUUUUGUGCUCCUGCUUGAUCAGAGAGUGGAACUUAUUUCUGGGAUGCGUUUGCUUUUGACGUUUAAUGUUGAUGCUAGCCACCGACCUGCUGUGGUGUUUGUGCAGCUUCCUUUUAGUUGCUGUCCAAAACUGUGGAUAGGAUGGAUCUGCUCUGGUACAGCAAAGAUGAGAAUUGAUUUUUACAAAGUUGACCUUUUAUGUAUUUGUAGCCCGGUAGGUUUAUUGAAAGUACUAUUAAGUGUGCUCCUUUAUUCUGUGAGAAGAUAUUUUUAUCUGGGGACAGAUCUGAACCAAAAUGAGUCGUUUCCGUUAGCACAACCGCUAGCAUCUGGUCAAGCACUCAAAGCAUUUUAAUUUCUUUGAAGAUUCAUUACCUUUUUAAAGAUGCAUCAGGGCUUUUAAUUGGUCUAUGUGUCAAUCUAAGUAGUUUUGACAUGAGAGGGGUGUUGAACAGGUUGCAUUGGAGUUGAUGGGUAAUGGAUGAGAUCCACUUUCUUUGUAGGUGAAAUUCUUUUCCAAGACUUGCAGGUUGUUAAUCUUUCCUUAUUUGCAGAGUAUUGUCAAUGGUGUAAUGCAGCGCUCUUCCAUCCCUCUUUAUAAACAGUAAUCUGCACAUCCAUUUCAUGUGAUGUAAAUCUAUGAAGAUGUUUGUUUUCAGUGUGUAAAUUUAGAUUAACCAGGUAGCACAAAUGGCACCCGUUUUAGGUAUUUACUAAUAAUGGCAUAAAUCACUGGCUUAUGACAUUCCACUACUAAUUGUGGUGUGAUUUUUUUUUUUAUUUAUUCUGCGUGAGUUUUUAAAAAUGAAUUAACAUGCUCUUUCCAUUGUCGUUCAUUUUAUUUUGAAAUGCCUUCUGUGCCUUAUUCAUUUCCAUCACUUGGUUGAUGUCUGAAUAAAAUAAACACUUAUUGAAUAAAUGAAA